GGUGAGAGAUGGUUCCAGUUCGUGACUUCGGCCUGCAUCCCCUGUGUGCAUCCACCUCGUGUCUAGUUUUUCAUUGCUACUGAUGACGUGCAGUACGUGCGAGGGUGUCUGGAGAAAGUGAACUUGUUGUAAAAGAAAAUACCAUAGACCAUUCAAAACAUGAGAUAAAAAUUCUGUGUUUGGGUAUUUCAGGGAGUCAGGAGUCAUUCUCCCCCGAGAAUGCAGAAGUUAAAGUUGGAUAUUACGUUUUGUGAUACGACGAAUCGAGAAAAUAGUGGAAUGACAGUGGGCCGAUUAUUGCCUUACCAAUUCCACUUGGAGGGAAGGGAAAAAUCGAUUCACCUGUAGCUUGGAAACAUUGGAAUUCGAUACGUCGGAGUGAAAAGUGGAAAGGGAGAUAUCAUAGGGGUGGUGUGGAGACGUAUGAAAAGUCAACGGUGGAGACAUCGAAUGGGGGUGAAAAAAAGGGGUGGAGGAUGAUUCGACGUUCAAGGGCAAUUGUUUCGCACAGUCGACAAACUCUGAGGAUAUGCACUCUUUAGAAUUCCAAGGGUACAUCGGACGCUGAGUGACUGAGACACACAAAGGAGAGGGCGACGACUAGAGAGAAGAAUAGAGGGUAACCGAUUGUCAGUGGGUGUAUCAGAAGGGUGAGACGGAGAUAAGAAAUAAGAUGGGUGAGAGCUCACCCGAUCUCAGCCUACGGCUACGCCGUGGAAGCUCAGACUCCAGGGACUCUUUUUAUAUGGAUUUUGCACAGGGCAUUGAUUCAGACAUUGAGGAAGUGGCACGACCCGCCGACAACUCAGACCCACUUGCUGAGAAUAAUCUCGAGGACAAUGAAGUUGACAUGGAUGAGAAUUUUCCACCAUUGGACGAUGUCUGUGGUACAAUACCAGAAGAGGCAUCCGAGGAGUUACGUGAAGAGGAGGAGGCGGAGGCGGCUGCACUAGAGGCAGCCAGAGACAGUCCAGACUCGCCGGUAAUUGCCGCCAUUACGAAGAGGGCGCAAAAACCAAACGAUUGGCCGGGUCUUCCAGGCGCUCUUCCAUCCCCCGCAUCCCCCACAGCAGUAAUAGUAUCCCCGGAGACACUCUCCCGCCACAGCAGCAGUUCUCCAUCCCGAAAUAAUCGUCCAGUUGGUCAAUUUGCCCUGGCAAUUCCCUGCCCAGCGCGACCGAUACCGGCGGUAUGUUACCCCACGGCAACGUUCAUCGAUGUCGUCGAGGAGCCAGUGGGUCGGGACUUGGGAGCGUAUGCAUUAGCCACGACACUGAGUGCCCUUUAUGGAAAGCUUCUCGUAGUAAUGGGAAUAGCGUUUCCUAUGGCGGAGGUCAUAUCUUCCUACAUUCCUCCUUCGUUCUACGAAGCCUUCUACCUGUACCUCUACUUCGGCAGUAUGUUUUUCCUCUUCAUCAUCUGGGCAAUGAUGCUCAAGGACGGUAAACCCAAACACAAGAGUGACCACAAGGACAUCAGUGAUUUGGACUCCAGUGGAUCAUCAAGCGCUGCUGGGGGCGACAGUGAUUCACCUGGAAAUGGUAAUUCCUACUCAGAAGGCCUUUACCACCAUCACUAUGGCAGCUUCUACCUUCGUGUCGGUGCUGUUGCCUUCGGCAUUGGUUCAAUGAUCUACUCUGGUCUGGAAUUUGGCCAGUACUUCGAGCUCGAGCAGAACACAAAGUGCCACAACAUCAUGGUUGCUCUAACACCAGCAACACGAAUGGCGUUUAUCUUCAUCCAGAUGUACUUCAUCUUCUUGAACAAUGAGCAAAUGAAGGUGUCUACGCAUCGUGUUGUUGCACGCUUUGGACUCAUGCACAUGAUUGGUACUAAUUUGUCGGUUUGGCUUAAUGUGCUGGUACAGGAGACUAAACAUGAAAUUCUCACAUUUUAUAAUCCUGAGAAUAAUUCGUUGAGGAUUUCUCAUCGCUUAGGAGGAAAAAUUCACUUCGCCGAGCACCUCCAUGACCAUCACAUCGAGCCAAACGACCACGUCUCUCACAUUCGUCUCCCCCGUGGUCUGAAAGGCCCCCAUCACAUGUUCGAGUGCAGACGAACCAACAUAAUAGGCUCCCUUGUUCAGGACGCCAGUCCCUUCCUCUUCCCCUGCACCAUCGAGUACAGUCUAAUCUGUGCAGCGAUCCUCUACGUUAUGUGGAAGAACAUAUCAAAGGUUCGACAGCCAGCUCCAACAACACCACCAGGAAAUCGUCAUCACGCUCACGCAUACCGAAGAUCACCCCAUCACUACAGUGUUGAUUGUGCUGGUGCUCACAAGGGCCUCUUCAUUGGAAUUCUCAUCCUGGUAUUGACGAUAAUCUGCUUGAUCCUCUUCUUCGUCCUCAUCUCAAGGCCUGAGCUGGUGAAUUUGGCUGUUACCGGUGUCAAUAUAUGUGAGUUAGCCCUUUAUGGCAUGUCAACUCUGGCCACUCUGAUUGGAAUGCUGAGAAUGAGGAAGCUGAGGUACGAUGGCAACAGAAAUCUAGAGCUGGACAAUAUUCUUCUCGUAGCAGCUCAAACUGGAAUGUUCAUAUACUCAACAUUCACAAUCAUCGGUGGACACUUUACAAUAGAGAAGCACACGAUUCUUGUUCUCAUUACAGCACUAGCUAGUGUUGUACAAACAACAUGUCAAACAAUAUUUAUCCUCGAUUCAUCGAGACGAUCGGUAUCAACGUCCGAGCAAAUUCGCCACAAGCCAGGACGUGAGAUUGUGACAUUUCUUCUUGUUACGAAUUUGGCAAUGUGGGCCAUAAAUACGUUAGAAAAAUCAAGGGCUGAAUCACAUCCCGUUCAGUUGCAUUUUUACGGUCUCUGGGCCUGGACCAUCAUCACUCAUGUUUCAAUGCCACUAGCUAUUUUCUACAGAUUCCACAGCACAGUCUGUCUGUGUGAAGUAUGGAAAAGGGCUUAUAAGGUCAAGCCGACAUAUAUGUGACGCAGGCGAUCGUGUGGGACGAAGAAGAGAAGGUGCAUUGACAGUCACAAACGUCAUAAGAAUGUCCCCAGGCUCGAUGUUAUCACCGAGAAUGAUCCGACUUAUUUUAUGUGAUUUACGAGGUAUUACAAUGAUGUUUUAUAAGUUAUGAGUUUUUCUAUUGUCUCAGGAAGAAAUCAGUUGGUUGUCGUGUAUUUAGGCAUUUGCUGUUUAGGGGUCAUUGAAGUUACAAAAAAUUAUCCAAAUCUAUAAAGCUACUUUGAAUAAUGAAACGAAGUCCAUUCUAGGCGAUAUAAUCUCAGAAUAUCGAAGGGGAAAAAUCAUUCUCAGAUGUCUUGAGACCAAUUGUAGCAAAAAAGAGUUGUAUAUUGGAAAUUUUCCUGGCUUUUCAUACACUCCGAAUUGUUAUCGCGAUGUAGAGAAAAUAAGAAUAGGUGAAUUACCCUCCACCUGAUCAGAGAUAAGAUAAAAAAUCAAUUUGUAAAAUUCAUCAACUCCGGAUGAGUUGAAGCCCGUUUUACCGUUCGAUAUUAGGUAUUUCCGGUUUAAUCUAAAGCGGAUACAAAAUACAUACGCCAAACGACGGUCGUCCGUACAACGCCAUCCCACUUAAGUCCAAUUGAAACGAUACGAAUAUGUAAUAUGUGUAAUAAACGUGCACUAGACGUGACUAUGUAUUUUUUUUUUCGGUUCACCACCGGGCCGUAGUGGUAUAGAUCAUUAAAGCGUCAAUUUAGGUUUCAAGAGGUGAUGUGUGUCUGGUCGAUGAUAAUAUCGCGUGAAGAGGAGCUUUGCAUUCGAUGAUCUGUGCAUUAAAAAAUUCUAGAGACUCUAGGGGGUUCCUGUUUUCAACCCAAGUAGAGGUAAAUUUUUUCGAUAAUUUAGUGGAAGACUAAACAGGGAUUGGUAUUUGUAGCGGUAGAUUAUCUUCAUAUCACGCACAUGGAACAAAUAAAUGGGAUCAAUUUGAUUCGAGACUGAAAUAUCAUGCUCAAUUUAAUCUUGGGGUGGAUGAUAAAGUGUAUGAUGAUGAACAAGCAUUUUUCAUUGAAAAUUUUGCACUGAUAAAUCAAGUAUUCACGAAUGAGGGAAAUUAUACUGUCACGAUUGAAUGGCUUUUGUAAAUCAUUUCACGUUGAGAUACAUUGGAGUCGAUUUCUAAAAAAAACAUUACCACAGAAAUUUCACGAAUUUUAUUUUUCA